CAACAGUACCAGCUCGCAGGUUUGACAGACGACACGGUAACCACAUACAGCUGAUCCUCGGUCUAACCUACGUACGUACGGGAGCUUGUUCUUCAACUACUACUAGAUCGCGAUCGCCAAGAGGAACGUUGGGGAUACAUGUACUACGGUACACCACAUUAAGUGAACAUGGGGGACGAACAAAACUCUCUGGACCACGAGUUCGCCAACUACACCACGUGCCACGGCGCGGCCCGGAUCGCCAACGCCAAGAACAAGCCCCACAUGGCGCUGUGGACUCUCAUCUUCCUGGCUGCGUUUGGGCUCUGCACCUGGCAGAUAGUGGACAGGUUCAACAACUAUUUCGCGUACCGUACUGGUACAGAGAUCAACGUGCAGCUGGAGAGCGAACUGACGUUUCCAGCGGUCACUAUCUGUGACUUUAACAGAAUCCGCGGUUCAGGUGUGACGGAGAACGACCUAGCGUAUCUGGGAGCCCUGUACCAGAUCGCCGCUUUGGUGAGCGAUCCGGUCGCUCUUCGCAACCUCAGCGAGAGCAUCGACUGGGACGCGUUCAACGCGUCGGCGGGGCUGGUGGAAGACUUUCCCGGGUUCGUGCGACGGAACGGCUUCGUACUGGACAACGUCACGCUUGCCGAGUGCUCAUGGCGGGGGAGCAGGUGUUACGCUGAAAAUUUCACCCACGUCUUCACGGAGUACGGAAACUGCUGGACCUUCAACAGUGAGAAGAACUCCCCGCUGAGGCAAACCUCACCCGGGGCGGGCAACGGACUCAAACUCAUCCUGGACAUACAGACGCAUGAGUACACGGAGGACCCCUUCAUCGGGAACCUGGAGUACGGCCUCGUAUUCCAAGUGCACGACCAGUACGAACCGCCCCGCCCGGAGUUAGUCGGUACUGCAGUCGCGCCUGGCAGCCACACCUACGCCAGUACCUUCCAGACACACGUCAAAAACCAGCAGGCGCCAUGGGGCCAGUGUGACCCGAGGAAAGACCAGAACUUUUUGAAGUACUUCGACAAGUACACCCUGGCUGGCUGCCUGCUAGAAUGCCGCGCAGAAAUUGUAGUCAGAGCCUGCAAUUGCAGACCUUUGUAUUAUCCAGGUGAUGUGGACUACUGCACAGCACUGGAGCUGACAACAUGCGCCCUGCCAACCUUAGCUACGUUUCUGAGCGAAACUAACGAGUUUGACUUCUGCGGCUGCACGGUGCCGUGUGAGUACACCUCCUACUCCUCACAAGUGUCGUACGCUGGCUACCCUUCACUCAAGGCUGCAGAGUUCUACGAAACAACUUUCAAUUAUAGCAGAGGGUACAUGAGUACGAACGUUGUCCUACUGGACGUGUACUACCACGAACUGAGGAGUACAUCAUGGGAACAGUUCAAGGCAGUUGAAGAGUCCGGACUGAUCAGUGACGUAGGAGGUCAGCUCGGGUUCUUCAUCGGUUGCAGUGUCAUCACCUUGUGGGAGUUCUUGGAAUAUCUGGCCCUGAAGUUUUCGGCAUUUUUCCUAUUUUCGAGCAAACCCUCCAGUAAAACGGCCACCAAGGAUGGCGUGAAGGUGGAUAACGCCAUGGUGUUUGAGAACACAGCGGCAGGAGAUGCAGAGAAAACAGAAAUCACCGAGCUGUCGACGAUACGAACAACGUCCAAUGGGGAAAAAUCAGCUGUACUUGAAAUGACAUGACCAGAAAAAUCUGUGACUGCUGUGCUUUGGAUACGAUAUGCUAUCUAGCUUUCAAUCAAAGACUUUUAUUUAGUUGCUGUAAUUUUGUACAGAUUUGAUAUAUAUACAUGUAUGAUGAAAAAAGAUUAUAAAGUAGACAUUCCCUCACAACUUGGGUCACAAAAAAAGCAUUCCACGAAAAAGUAUGUUGUUUAUUUUACCAUAAUGAUUGUGCUAGUGAUAUGUAGUACCGCUCUAUGCACUAUUACAUCGGUUUGUGGCAGCAUGUACGUUUGUACAAUAAGUCGUCUAACAGCUUCAAACGAAUACCCUACUUGACAUUAUGUGUGUUCCGAUCCUUUUAAUAAACUUCUCAAACACCCACUUCAUAAAUAGUAUACAUGCUAAUGUCAUUAUUCAUGUGUAUGAAAGAAGUGGCGAGAGUAAAGGUUAUUUUUGGUGAAAAGUGGGCAAAAUAAAAGUUUUGUAUUUUUGGUUUGAUAAGA